AUGGAAGCCACCUCGUUUUCCAACUUACUCUUCUUUUUUCUCUUGGCCUCCUCGUGUUUCUGUUUUCACGCCACUGUCACCUACGACAGAAAGGCCAUUCUCAUCAAUGGCCAAAGGAGAAUCCUCUUCUCCGGGUCCAUACAUUACCCCAGAAGCACCCCUGAUAUGUGGGAAGAUCUGAUUUUUAAGGCCAAGGAGGGAGGGCUUGAUGUGGUUGAAACCUACGUCUUCUGGAAUGUUCAUGAGCCUUCUCCUGGCAAUUACAAUUUCGAAGGGAGGUAUGAUCUGGUGAGAUUCGUGAAGACUAUACAAAAAGCAGGGCUUUACGCCCAUCUCCGCAUUGGACCUUAUGUCUGUGCAGAAUGGAAUUUCGGAGGAUUUCCUGUUUGGCUUAAAUAUGUUCCGGGGAUAAGCUUCAGAACAGAUAAUGAACCUUUCAAGAGGGCGAUGCAAGGGUUCACUGAGAAGAUUGUUGGAAUGAUGAAGAGUGAGAAGCUCUUUGAGUCUCAGGGUGGCCCCAUUAUACUCUCUCAGAUUGAGAACGAGUAUGGGGCACAGAGUAAGUUGCAAGGGGCUGCUGGUCAAAACUAUGUGAAUUGGGCUGCGAAAAUGGCUGUGGAGAUGGGAACUGGAGUCCCUUGGGUAAUGUGCAAGGAAGAUGAUGCGCCGGAUCCAGUGAUAAACACGUGUAACGGCUUCUAUUGUGACAAGUUUACUCCAAACCGACCUUAUAAGCCUCUGAUUUGGACAGAGGCAUGGAGUGGCUGGUUUACAGAAUUUGGAGGUCCACUCCACAAAAGACCUGUCCAGGAUUUGGCAUUUGCAGUUGCUCGAUUUAUAAUAAGAGGAGGGUCCUUUGUAAACUACUACAUGUAUCAUGGAGGAACCAAUUUUGGACGAACAGCUGGAGGGCCUUUUAUUGCUACCAGCUAUGACUAUGAUGCUCCACUGGAUGAAUAUGGUCUGAUUAGGCAACCGAAAUAUGGUCAUCUAAAGGAGCUUCAUAGGGCUAUCAAGAUGUGUGAGAGGGCUUUGGUUUCAACAGACCCCAUCGUUACCUCAUUAGGGGAAUCACAACAGGCACACGUAUAUACUACGGAAUCAGGAGACUGUUCUGCUUUUCUCUCAAACUAUGAUUCAAAAUCCUCUGUUAGAGUGAUGUUCAAUAAUAUGCACUAUAACUUGCCUCCUUGGUCCGUCAGCAUCCUCCCAGAUUGUAGAAAUGUUGUCUUCAAUACAGCAAAAGUUGGAGUGCAAACAUCUCAGAUGCAAAUGUUGCCCACAAAUACUCAAAUGUUCUCAUGGGAGAGUUUUGAUGAAGAUAUUUAUUCUGUAGAAGAUAGCUCAUCAAUCACUGCUCCAGGUCUCCUGGAACAGAUAAAUGUAACAAAGGAUGAAAGUGAUUAUCUUUGGUAUAUAACUAGCGUUGAUAUAGGUUCAUCCGAAUCCUUUCUACAUGGAGGUGAACUACCCACUCUCCUUGUUCAGUCUACAGGCCAUGCUGUGCAUGUUUUCAUCAAUGGUCAACUAUCUGGUUCUGCCUUUGGAACGAGGGAGUAUAGAAGAUUCACAUAUACUGGCAAGGUAAACCUUCGUGCUGGAAUAAACAGAAUAGCUCUGCUCAGUGUUGCCAUUGGACUUCCCAAUGUGGGAGAACAUUUUGAGUCAUGGAGCACAGGAAUCCUAGGUCCAGUUGCACUCCAUGGACUUGACCAUGGAAAAUGGGAUUUGUCAGGGCAGAAAUGGACUUAUCAGGUUGGGUUGAAAGGAGAGGCCAUGGAUCUUGCCUCUCCAAAUGGUUUCUCUAGUGUUGCUUGGAUGCAGUCAGCAAUAGUUGUACAAAGAAACCAGCCAUUGACAUGGCAUAGGACUUCUUUUGAUGCUCCCGAAGGAGACGAACCAUUGGCAUUGGACAUGGAGGGAAUGGGUAAAGGUCAGAUAUGGAUUAAUGGACAGAGUAUUGGAAGAUACUGGACUGCUUUUGCUACUGGUAAUUGCAAUGACUGUAACUAUGCUGGUUCGUUUAGACCUCCAAAGUGCCAACUUGGUUGUGGCCAACCAAGCCAACGAUGGUACCAUGUCCCUCGAUCCUGGUUGAAGCCAACUCAAAAUCUUUUGGUUAUUUUCGAGGAACUCGGGGGAGAUCCCUCAAAAAUUUCACUUGUGAAGAGAUCAGUGAGCAGUGUCUGUGCUGAUGUGUCUGAGUACCAUCCAAAUAUUAAGAAUUGGCACAUUGAAAGCUAUGGUAAGUCAGAAGAGUUCCGUGCACCUAAGGUUCACUUGCAUUGCAGCCCUGGCCAGACCAUCUCUUCCAUUAAAUUUGCCAGCUUUGGAACUCCUUUGGGUACUUGUGGAAACUACGAGCAAGGAGCUUGCCAUUCCCCAACUUCCUAUGCCAUAUUGGAGAAGAGAUGUGUAGGAAAAUCAAGAUGCACAGUCACUGUAUCAAACAGCAACUUCGGGCAAGACCCAUGUCCAAACGUGCUGAAGCGGUUAUCAGUUGAAGCUGUUUGCGCUCCAAGUGCUACAAAUUGGAGGGGUUGA